UACGACUUCCACCACGCGCCGCCCGUUCCUCCCCUCCCGACCGACCCAUACGCGCGCUACGGCCCCUCGACCACCGCCGCCACCGCCUCACCCUCGUCGUCGUCGCUCCUCUCGCGGCUCGACCCGCCGCCGCCCGCGCCGCCCGGCGCCCCGCCGUCCACCCUCGUCCUCAACGGCGUCCCCGUCCCGGCGUCGCUCGCGCGCCGAGCGCCGCCGCACGUCGCGCUCAAGGACGAGGAGCCAGAGGAGGGCGAGCUGGAGGAGGGCGAGCUCGAGGAGGGCGAGGAGCGCGAGGACGAGUACGGGCCGGCGAGGCCAACGACGCCGCCAAAGCCUGUGCCGGUCGUGGGCGCGGGCGGCGACGACGAGCGCGGCGAGACGCCGCCGCUCCCGGCGCCGCCUGUCGAGCGCUCGCCGGUCAAGGUCGAGCCCGGGCCCGACGUCGAGAUCGGCGCGGGCGCGGUGCAGCUCGACGAGGAGGGCACGCCGCCGCCGCCGCCUCAGACGUCGGUCACGUUGCCCACCACCGAGCGCCGGCGCUCGCCGACCCCGAGGACAAGGAGCGCCGUCUCGCUCACGCCGCCGCUCCCGUCCACGACGACGAGCGCGCGCACGCCGCCAUCGCGGGCCGACGACGCCGACACCGAGAUGGCGCCGCCGCCUGCCGCCGCGCUCGCCGCUCCCGUCGAGCCGAGCGUGCCGCCCGCCGUCCCGCUCGAGAGGGCCGAUGCGCCGAUGCAGGACGUGCAGCAGGCUGCGCUCGAGCGCGAGGAGGGCGAGCUCGCGUCGUCGCCGGUCAAGGCGCCCGAGUCGCCCGAGUCGGCGCCUGUGGGCGUCCCGCGACUCGUCGAGCCGGCGCCGGCGGCGUCGACCGUGCCUGCGUCGACGCCGGCAGAUACAUCGGCGCCUUCGCCCUCGACCUCAAUCUCGACCUCGGCCUCGACCCUCCUUCCUCCUCCUCACGCCGACACCAAACCGCUCUCGUCCCUCGGCGCCCCGCCCUCGCCUGCACCUGCGCCCGCCGCCGUCCCCAGCCUCGGCGCCGCCACACCCGCCUCCCUCGCGCUCGCACGCCCGACACCCUCCCCCGCUGCGAGGCAGCGCCCGCUCCCGCCGCCACCGCCGCCGCCGUACAUCCCGCCCGUCCCCGUGCCCACGCCCGCCGUCGAACCGAGCGUCGAGCCGCGCGCCGACGUGCAGAGCGCCGCCGAGCACGAGCACGAGCACGAGUCGGCGGGUCCGGCGCGCGCGCUCGAGGCCGAGCCUGAGCGUUUCGAGCGCUCGUCGCCGCGGCCGCGAGUCGGCGAGGUCGACGGCCGUGCGCAGCCCGAGAAGCGGCAGUCGUCGUCGCCGUCGGUCGCGCCUGUUGGCAAGCUCGUCGAUGUCGAAGCGUCGGCCGCGCAGGAGGACGUCGAGAUGGCCGAGCUGGCGCCCGCCGCGGCUCGACCCGCCGUCGCCGAGCAGGAGCAGGAGCAGGGCGACACCGACAUGCGCGACGCCGAGCUGGACAAGGACGUCGACGGCGCGCACGGCCCGCCUGCGCCGGCACCGCCCUCGCCGCACCCGACCGACGAGCUGCACCGCCACUCGCCAACGACGCCGCAGGAGCAGGACCACGAGCGCGAGCGGUCGUCGUCGCCUGCUACCCGCCGCGGCGACGAGGACGACACGGUCGGUCUCGGCGCGCAGCACGCCGACGAGGACCCGCGAGUCGCGAUCGAGCAGCAGCGGCUCCGGCUCACGGGCGGCGUCGUCGUCCCCGAGGUGGGCUCGGCCGAGCGCGACGAGGUCCUCGGCGCGACGUGGGACGCGCUCGUCGAGCCGCACGAGCGCCUGUCGGGCGCGCUCUUUGACGACUUUGCGGCGCGCGACGACCGCCGUCGGGACAAGGCGAUCGCGCUCCGGCGGCAGUACAAGGCGCUCAACGACGACUGGAAGGCGCACUGCGUCCGGCUCGACAAGCUCCGCGACCGUGUCCACCGCCGCGAGCAGCACCCGGCCCUCGGCUCGUCGUCGUCGGUCGCCACGGCGCCGCAGACGCCCUCGAUCGACUCGGCCGGCAUGCCCUUCUACCCGGAGCCCGUCACGCCCGGGCCCUCGCACGGCGGCGUCGGCGGCGGCGGCGGCGGCGGCCUGUUCGGCGGCGGCAUCAGCAGCCGCGCGAACCGGCGCAGCGCCGGCGGUGCCGGUGCCGCGUUCGGCGGGUACGGCGACGCCGUGCGGUCCGAGGCCGAGUUUCUCGAGAUCCUCGCGAGCCUCGAGACGGCCGACCUGCGCGACCCGGACGCGCGCGCGGCGCGCACGGCCGCCGUCGUGCCCGACAUGGUCAUCGACCCGUCCGAGCGGCGCGAGGUGCUCGAGCUCGCGUUCGACGACGACCGGUACCUCGUCGACGAUCCGGUCGACGCGUACGGCAUCGACCAGCCGCUCGACGUCUGGACCGAGGACGAGGUCGAGACGUUCUGCAAGCGGUACGCGGCCCACCCGAAGCAGUUCGGCAAGAUCGCCGCCGACCUCGCCGACAAGUCGACGGCGCAGUGCGUCCUGUUCUACUACCGCAUGAAGAACACGAUCGACUUUCGCAGCCUGUCGGAGCGUCGAGGCCGCGACGGGCGCCGCAAAAAGUCCAAGAAGCGGCCCGAGGGCGGCAAAGGGUCGUCGCUCCUGUCGAACCUCAACAAGAAGCCGCGCAUGGCUGCGCCGCCGGCCCCGAUCGACGAGCGCGACGACGAGGACGACGGCGAAAGCGCGCCGACCUCGCCGAGGCUCAACCGCCGCGAGCCGCCGACCUCGACCUCGGCCGUCUUCACGCCGGGCCCGUCGUUCGCCCGCUCGAGGCCGCGCCCGUCGGCGUCGGCGACCGCCUCGGCGCAGGAGGACGUCUCGGACGACGGCGCGACGAGUCGGCCGAGCACGGCGCAGACGCCCAAGUCGUCGUUCCUGCCCCCGGCGUCGUCCACGCCCGCCAACGCGGCCGUCGCUGCGCCCACCCCGGCGGCGCACGCCCAGCUGCCGCCCUCCGAGGGCAUGAUGGAGGCGGCCGAGGCGCUCGGCGCGCUCGGCGCACUCGCCGCCGGCGACGACGGCGACGAGAGCAUGCAAACGGACGACCUCGCAACGCCCAAGGCGCGCGCGCGCAAGCCUCGCUCGAGCUCGGCCGCCACCGCCACCGACCCCGACGCGCACCUCGGCGACGACUCGACGACGCCUGCGGGCCCUCCUGAGCCUGUCGGCGCCGCCGUGGGCGACAAGGCGGCCAAGCCCAAGCGCCGCUCGAACACGUCGUCGUACUGGACGGUCGCCGAGCGCAAUGAGAUCGUGCGUCUCCUCGGCGUUCACGGCACCGACUGGAAGAAGGUCGCCGAGGGCGUCGGCAACAAGACCUGGGUCCAGUGCCGCAACUGGUACCAGAGCAACGCCAAGAAGCAGAACCUCGUCGACAUCGUCAACGAGGGUGACAGCGUCGAGCUCGAUGGCCCGGCUGCAGUCGAGCACCUCGGCCACGGCAACCUGCUCCAGGAGCGCCUCGUCACGGGCGCGAACGGCCCUGCCCUUCCUCGCGCCGGCUUCUUCGACCCGCCCGACCGCCAGCAGCUCCCGCCCCUUCCCUCGCUCGACAACCCGUCGUCGCGCCGCAGCUCGACCGGCAAGGCCGGCAUGCACAUCCGCAACAUGCUCAACGACGAGCCAGAGGAGGAGGGCGCGACGACGCCUGCUCGCGACGACUGGUUCGGCACCGACGGCGGCGACGCAGCGAGCGUCUCGACCGAGGACGACCCCGACGCCGCUCUCGCCGCCGUCACCACCGCCCAGCCGGCAUCGAGCCUCUUGAGCCGGUACGACGAGCGCGCGCUCGACGCCAUGCGGCCCUCGUCGGCCCCGCAGGCCAUCGAGACGGUCCGAGCGCCGCUCAACGGCCUGCCGUCGCUGUUCCGGGCCACGCAGCGCCUCCCGUCGUUCCCGUCGAGCCUGAGCGAGCGUCGCCUCGAGGCUCAGCCCCGCAUGCCAGCGUUCGCGGGCCAGCAGCCGCCGCAGUGGACGCGCUCGCCGGCGUCGCCCUUCGGCGCGUUCGUCGCCUCGCCGGCCCCGACGGCCUCGCCCCUGACGCCGGCCCAGGCCGCCUCGGGCGACUACUACCGCCGGGCGACGUUCGAGUCGGCGCGCACGGUGCCCGGCACGCCCGACUACUUUACGCCCAAGCCGGCGGCUCCGUACGAGCGGUACGCGCGCAGCGUCGACCCGGCUGGCUCGACGCCCACUGUUGUGCCGUAUGGCCAGCAGCACCCGUCGCAGCAGCAGCAGCAGCAGCAGUCGGCGUCGACGUACCCUCCCCCUCACUCGCACCCGCACCCGCACCCGCACUCGCACCACCACCACGCCCACCCGUCGCCCCAGUGGUCGCACGACCCGUCCCGGCGGUAG